AUGAAGAGCAAAAAGUGGUCAGAGUCUCGUGUUUAUACGAAUGCCAACCAGCUCAGAAGUCAGGAUUACUGGGACUAUGAGAAUACCACUAUAGAAUGGUCGACGAGUAAUAAGCAAUAUGAGAUCGAGAGCAAAGUAGGACGAGGGAAGUAUUCCGAAGUGUUUGAAGGAGUUCAACUCAACACGAGAGAUACAAUUGUGAUUAAAAUGCUAAAACCUGUGAAAAAGAAGAAGAUCAAACGUGAAAUAAAGAUAUUGACGAAUUUGUCAAAUGAACGCGAACCGCCCACUGCGAAACCUUUCGACAAAGAGGCCUACUAUACGAACAAAAAGGAGGAAGUGCUGCAGUUUAUGAGACCGUACUUGUAUGACCUGCCUCACAAUGGACACGAGAAUAUUGUCCAGUUGCUGGACGUUGUACGAGACCCGAUUUCCAGAACUCCCGCCUUGGUCUUUGAGAAUGUAAACAACGUCGAUUUCCGCAUAUUGUAUCCCAAAUUCACAGACUAUGAUAUGAGGUUUUACAUGUUCGAACUGUUAAAGGCCUUGGAUUAUUGCCAUUCGAUGGGCAUCAUGCACAGGGAUGUCAAGCCGCAUAAUGUGAUGAUUGACCAUAAGCAAAAAAAACUGAGGUUGAUCGAUUGGGGUCUCGCAGAGUUCUAUCAUGCUAACAUGGAGUACAAUGUUCGGGUUGCUUCAAGGUUCUUCAAAGGACCGGAAUUGUUGGUUGACUAUAGGAUGUAUGAUUACUCGUUGGAUUUGUGGUCUUUCGGCACUAUGCUUGCAUCUAUGGUUUUCCAAAAAGAGCCAUUUUUUCAUGGAACUAGCAACACCGAUCAGCUGGUUAAGAUUGUCAGGGUUUUGGGCAGUGAGGAUUUUGAAAAGUAUUUGUUGAAAUAUGAGAUAACAUUACCUCGUGAAUUCCACGAUAUGGACCAGUACAUCAGAAGGCCAUGGCGCAGAUUUGUUAACGAUUCGAACAAACACUUAUGUGGUAAUGAUGACGUCAUAGAUCUAAUCGACAAUCUUCUCAAAUAUGACCACCAGGAAAGACUUACGGCUAGAGAAGCCAUGGCUCACUCGUGGUUCAGCCCAAUCAGGGAAAAUUAA